AUGGGGUUCAUUAACCUUUCUCUACCCCUCUGCAUCGAUUCCUACCCCACCCACUCCGCAUGCUCCCCACCUCCCCACGGGCAGGUCCAACGGGCAGAGGGUGAGCGGCGUGAAAGAGACCUACCCGUGGGCGCUCCACCAAUGGCUGGACUCCCUCCUGGACCUGCCAUCUGUGCGCCAGCACCGCUUCCUCUACCACUCUGCACCGAACUCCACUCCCUCUUUCGCCCUUCUACUCCCAGGUUCAACGGGCAGAGGGUGAGCGGCGUGAAGGAGACCUACCCAUGGGCGCUCCACCAGUGCCUCGACUCCCUCCUGGACCUCCCAGCCGUGCGCCAGCGCCACUUCCUCUCCUUCCGCCAGGCCACGUCCCCCGUGACCAACGCACUGGGCUCGCUGGUGUUCCUGGGCACACCCUUCUACAUCAAGAAGUGGCAGCGCCACGGCUUCGCGCGCAUGCUGCUGUCCGUGGGAGCAGGCGUGCUGCUCACGUACCUCUUCAUUCUCGCGUAUACGGCGCUGUGGGAGCUGCUCGUGCUGCUCAUGGCUGGCCGGCCGCAGGAGCCCUCACCUCAUCCUCCUUCUCAGCUGCCUCAUCGCCACUGCCAUCAUGCUGCUGGCGCUCAGCGAGCCAUCAUGCUGCUCGUGCUCCUCAAGCUUUGGAACGUCUCAAAAGGCCCUCCUCUCCGUCCCACCCUUUUGCUGUGUCCCCUCCUCCCUCCCCUCACUCGCAGGUUUUACGCGGAGUCCGGCCCUCACCUGAUCCUCCUUCUCAACUUCCUCAUCGCCACGGGCAUCAUGCUGCUCGUUCUCGUCAAGCAGAUCAUGGAUGUGAGUGUAACGAGGUGUGAGUGCACCAAGAUGUGGGUGUAG